UGAGCCAUGAGAUUAUGAUGAGUCACCACAUUACAAUGAAACCUAGAGUCAGAGUGGACAGCCAGCUCUGGAGAUAGUAGGGAAGUGAAACUCUUGCUUGAGGGCAGAUUCAGUUAUGUGCUUCUGCUACAGAGUCGUUUAAAACUGGGAAAUCAUCAAAUGUGUUUGGGGAUAAAUAUUUCAUGGAUUAAUCUUCGUAAAAGACGAUCAAAACUGCCAAUAUAUACCCGCAGUGUAUCUUUGCAGUUUUCAUAAUUAACAAAGGCAGUUAUUUACUUUGGAUUGUGCUUAUUUUACAGAGAAUUAGGCGAUGUAAGCUUUGGGAGAAUUACGCCGGGGCAGUUAAUUAUAACUUCUGCCACAUGUGCGUGCGUAAAGUGGAUGGCUGAGCGCGCACACAGGCAGCACAUCACUGCGGGAACAGCUGUUGUCAGACGCGUUAUUUGGAGUGGGAGUGAAGGCUAUGGACGAUUUAUCGACUGAUUCCCUUCUCCAACUGGAACAUUCAUCCAUAAAACAUCCCGCAUGCUCUGCUUUUGUCUUAAAUAAAAGUCUACCUGAAAAUGAGACGCGCAGACAACAAACGGUGAUUUCUGUGUUUGCCGCUUGUUUGCAAAAGAAGAUUUAGACCUAAUAAGGAUUCUUAUUUGUUGAUGCUAGGCUCGGAUAUGGCACAUCUCUGGAUCCAAUAAGAGAAAAACACAGCGUCAGACGCGUCUGCGGCGGGGGAGACCAGCGGAGGGACUCGGAAACUUGGUGCGGUGCAGGAGACGGUCUCUCUUUUUCCCGAAUCGGCGCUGCCACAGCUGUCACAGAGAGAGAGAGCGAGCCAUGGUGAACUCCCUCAUCCUGAUUCUCAGCUGGACUGUGAUCUCUGAGGUUGCCAGGGCUCAGAAUGACACGGAACCGAUCGUCCUGGAGGGCAAAUGCCUCGUGGUGUGCGACUCGAACCCGGCCACGGACUGGAAGGCUUCAUCCUCUCCGCUCGGCAUCUCGGUGCGCGCCGCCAACUCCAAGGUGGCUUUCUCUGCAGUCCGGAGCAACAACCACGAGCCGUCGGAGAUGAGCAACAAAACAAGAAUAAUCUACUUCGACCAGGUUCUUGUGAAUAUAGGAAACUACUUCACGUUUGAAUCAGUAUUUUUGUCCCCGAGAAAAGGAGUCUACAGUUUCAACUUCCAUGUGAUUAAAGUGUACCAGAGCCAGACCAUACAGGUGAACUUGAUGUUGAACGGGAAACCAGUUAUCUCUGCCUUUGCGGGUGACAAAGAUGUAACUCGCGAGGCUGCCACCAAUGGAGUUCUGCUCUAUCUUGAAAAAGAGGACAAAGUCUACCUAAAGCUGGAGAAAGGAAACCUAGUUGGUGGAUGGCAGUACUCAACAUUUUCUGGCUUUCUUGUGUUCCCUCUGUAAAAAAGAAAAAAAAAGAAAAGAAAAAACGAAGAUUGUAAGCUUACUGACUUCUUCAUAAUGUGUUGUCACAGUAUAAUCAAAACAUUGCUGCUGCAUCUGUUGGAUCUUGCCAAAUGGGUGAAAAAUGAUGGAUGGAAAUGGAUCGAAACAGAGAAAGGAAAGAAGACUUUGGAAAUUGUUCACAUUCUCUGGAAGAGCUGAGUCCCCGUCCAGAUGAAAGAGGCUUGAAAUGUUCCCUAUCGCUACUGUAUGUUCCUGUCACUCAAGCAGCCUCAGAGAGGAACGCUAACACAUCCCAAAACUACUUUUCAAACUUUGACUUGUUGGAAUAUGUUUAGCAUACUAAUUUUUUUCAUGACAGCUGUUGCAUUCAAGUACAUCUGCCUUUUUGGUGUGAGCUGUAUUUGCCUCUGUUACUUGGACAAGUAUUCACAACAGAGAAUGUCUUUGCUGGAGCCAAAUGGUAGUGGUGUAGGUCGCCAAUUAGCAAAACAAAAAUGAUGACAAAUAGGCUCAAAAUGGCCACAAAGAGACAAGAAACAACUAAAAAUAAAUGGAAAUGGGCCACAAAAAGAUCCAACUCAACUGCCGAGACACAAACUGACUACAAAAAGGCAGAAAACAACCACAAAGAGAUGCGAAACGACCACAACAGCAUAGGAGAGACUACUAAGAGAUUACACAAAAAGAGACAAAAUGACAACAAAGAGACACAAAACAACUACAAAAAGAUUAAAAAAAGUGACCACAAAGAGAUAAAAAUAGCUAAUAAUGACUACAACAGACUGAAAACGACCACAAAGGGACACAGAAGCACAAAAAAAUGCUAUAAGGAGACAUGACUACAAAAAGAAGUACAGUGACCACAAUUAAAGGCAGUAUUGGGUUGGGAAGGUUUGUGUGUCUACUAGCCUGUUGUGUGACUAUCCGUCCAUGAUCAGACUUCAUCACAUUUCUGAUCAAUUAGGCUCACCGCUGACACUUAAAUUGUCUUUUUGUUGAGCAAUAGUGGUCAGUUUACCUUCUUCCUUGAAGACAUAUACUCCAUCAAAUUUGCUUGCCACCUACAUUUUAAUGGUAACAAUUCUUGCCUGGUUUAUGUUCAGUCACAAUAUUAUCUUCAGUGACUACUUCUUUUGUGAGUCUGUGGUUUAUACCUAAAUGCCACAUAUGAUUAGGUUUAGGCAACAAAGACACAUUUUAAUUGGCUAUACUUAAUGCAAACAGUCCUACUUGCAUUGGAAAGGUGUUGUUUAUGAACCCACAGCUACGCACUUAGCCUCAAGAAGUUGGCUUUACAUGCUGUUCUCGGCCACAGCUGGCAGCAUCGUAUUGUACGUUGCCCAGCAACAAACAGCACAAUGUUAGCAACUAGCUGGUUAACGUGUAGCGCUUUUACCAGAGAUGGUGGAGACCAAAACCAGAGCUAACAGAAGAGCAAACAGUGGACUUGAAUUCACUCCAAAUGAAUGCUAAAGUUGCUCUUUAUGUGUUUUCAGUAGUGUAUAAAAAGGCAGCUCUGAGUGAACAACUUCAUCAGCAUAAAAGAUGAUUCUGCACAUCAGGGUUUUGUUUAUGAUAUGUUUGUGUUGCCCCAAGUGGCCAAAAAAUAAAUUUUAAAAAAUAUAUUGCAGACGUAAGAUUAGGGAAAGAUAACUGUUUUGGUCAGAUGUGAAUAAAGUAAAUUAUGCUUCAAAUCACUGUUGCCUUUUUCAGUAUUUAAUGAAGACCACAGUCUUUCCCUGACCUUAACAAAAUUCUGAGUACCUCAACAUAAUCGUAGAGAGUGCUAAGAACGCUGGAAACUGUAUUCCAAGAGUUAUUAUCACAGGUUAACAAAUCUGAUGUUAUUGAAUGAACACAUAAUUCAAGCAGCAAAAUAUUUCUUCUAAAAUAUAUUUACUGUUGAAAAUUUGUAGCCUAUAAAGAAAAUUUAUAGCUAUGUAUAUAUAAUAGAUUAUACAAGUCAAUUCAUGGUUUAUGGAUGUCAAUAAAGUUUAAUGGGCAUCUGAGAACCUUAAUUGGUUAACAUGCUGAUAAUAAACAGAUUCCUGUCACAGUUGGCGAACAUAAACAGUGUCCAGUGGGCAGCCUGGGAUAACUGAUGAAUUAAUAAACUCCUUAAUUGUUGCUCUUGAGCUCAGUCUGCGCCUACAGAAUAUAAUGGCUCUCCCCCCUUCAUGUCUACAGCAGAGUUAGUGUCCUCACUGCAGUGCUGGUGCUGUGUGCAGCUGCAUUGUUAAAAUCAACCUAAGGAGAGCUUAUUUACAUCAUUAUUUCACCCUGAGAUGAUAAUCCACACCCUCAUUAGCUUGAACCUCUCUGAAGUGUUUUGGGUGUUCACUUUCACUCAUCAAAUUCAUGUUUCUGUGCAUUAGAUGUUUACAUGUUUAUGUCAGUGAUUGAUAAGUUGCCUUUGGCAUCACUGUCACAUCUCGUAACCAGAAAGGAAGCGUUGAAGGGAAAUGAUUUUUUCCAGCUUUCAGUUAAAAACAGAAAUGAAAGUGUUCAUCUUAACAAGCCUCAUGAAGAUUUACACUUACAGUUGUGUCACAUUUCAUACCGACAGCUGAAGAAAAUAAGGCUGAAAUUAAACUGCAAAUAUAUCCACUGAUAGAACUCUGUUUAAAAGUUUUUCUUUUCAAAGACUGGCAGCCUUUAUCAAAUCCUCCUGCAAUUAGUUUUUUCAUGCUGUGUAUAUUUAUUUUGCUAAACUAAAAUAACCUAUAUUUUUUUGUGUCUAUAUUACAUUUGUGUUUGCUCACAUUGGUGAACUCAUAAUCACUGUGGAAGCUGGACUGUGCCCCCAAAAUGCUUAUAGCUUCAGUAGUUGAUUAUUUUAUUACUUAACUUUGCAUUUAUAUAAUGUACAUGUAAAUCUAUGGGUUCAAAAGGUCUAACUUGAUCAUUAAAUGUUUUAUAAUUAAUGUAUUAUUUGUAUACAUUAAUGUAUUAAUUAAUGUAUUGAAGAAUUCUGGCAUUAAAUGAUGAAUAAAAGUUUGUGUUUUUUAAAAAUGGAAGGAUAAAAGGAUUUAUUUUCAUUUGUCACUGGCCAGUCAUCAUUAAAAAGCUCCACUUUUUUUAUUUCUUUUUUUUAAAUCGACAAAUCAGAGCUCCUGUUGCUUCUUUAAUUGUUAUUCUGGCACAAACUGUCUAUAUGUGAUACGAACCGACAAUCAUAAAUAAAAAACCUCAAAACAUGCUGAUCAUGUUCAAGAUAUAUAAAUAUAUUUAUCAUUCAUCAAUAUAAUUAAUGAUCUGGAUAAGCUUGUCUCACAAUUUAUUAAUUGUCUAAUUUAAAUGCAAAUGUAAACAUUUGUCGUAUUUCCCUGUAACAUACUCCAGCCUCCAUAGAUAUCAGUAUAUCACAUGUAAACAUAACGUUUACCUAAACUAAGGUUGCAAAAUGUUUUCAUUUACAUAGUGAAAUGUGUUGCACUUGGAAUAAAUGUCUGCGAAUGUAGAAUUUAUUUCCCUGCAGAAUCAAGUGACUUCAGUUUGUAAUAUUAGAGCUGAAACAAAGAGUAUACUGUCUGUCCUUUGCGACUUUUAUGGUAAAUGUCCAUUUCUUCUUGCUUAAGUUCUGUUUUUUUCUAAAUGCUACAUCUGUACAACCUUUUAUCAUUUCACCAAGUUCAAUCCACACAUUUUGCCAUGUGUUCUCAACCAGCCAAUCAAUGUAUUAUACAUAGGUUAUAGCAAACUGAGCACCACAGUAUUUUUCAGCUCAGUUGAAAUAUGCAGUCAGUGCCAGGUGGUGAUGGAAUGUUUUUUUCAUCUGCAGAAAAAAUAAUCACCAAAACACAAAUCCACAUUUUCAGUGCUAUCAUUUUUUUUUUUAAAGUUUCUAAGUUUGUAUCCUCAAGAGAAUCAAAUCAUACUUGGACACUGUGAAGACAAUGCGGGCUAGUCCAGGGUUAUUCAGCCUGUGCAGCUGAUUCUUCCUGCUAAACUUCCCUUUGCAGCUGCAUUAUUCAAAAAUAUAUCUUGACAGGAGGUCUCUAAAGGUGAAGAAUGACACCUGAUGAAAGAAGGGGUAAAACAAGUCGGUUUGCAUUUGCAUGUAGUUAUCUCACUUUUUCAGACUUUGUAAUGUUGCUUUUCUCAUUAUACCUUUCCAUAUCCAAAAAUGGUAUAAUUUUGUGAGCUUUUUCCUUUCUUUUUGCUUGUUUUCAAUUUGGACGUCAGCCUGCUUUUAAUAUUGAAACCCAUUAUUAUAUUCUAUUUUACUAAUAGAAAUAGCCAAUGUUGGCUCUUUGAUUCCUUUCUCCUUUCAAAUCAACCAGUGAUAAGUAGAGGAUGGGCUCAGGGAACUGCCCUAAAUCACAGAAGAAUUAAUAAGUAUUCAAGCUCAGCCUGUGUGGAGACUGAUGCUAUGAAUUUCUAUUAUAUCCAUAUAGGACACAAAAGAGCAGAUUUCUUUCUUUUGUGUAGGUUGUCCUCGCGGUGUUGGCAGAGAAAGGGAGUGUGGUAUUUCAAAUGCACAGAAUGGUGUAAAUAUAAAGUGAAUAUUAAAUGUUCGCAGUUGUAUGCUGUGAUUCCCCAAUGAUGUGGACGUGAGCUUAUUAAAUGUACGACAGGAUGAGCAGAUUCAAGUUCCAUCAAAGCAUAUUUUGGGAACUGAUGACACACAAUAAAGCUCAAAACCUUCCCAAAGUCAUAAGCGCAAGUUCAGAGUAAACAGGCCGACCUGAACGUGUAGCUAUAACACAGCAUAUUGUUGGUUGCUCAUGAAAUUGUAUCACCACUUUUGAGAUACAAUAACACCCACAAAAAAUCUAUCUAAUUAUAUCAUAGCAUAUUGUAGCUCUGAGUCAUAAUUUGGCAUGCAUCAGAUUGUCAACUUUUGUCUUGUUUGGUGCAGCAUAUACUGUGGUGCUACGCUUCCAUGAAUACCAAGCAUUUCUCAUUUAAAAAGAGACAUGCUAACCGUGUCAUUUGUAUUUGUUACAUAGUACGAUUAAUGGAUGAACAGAGGUUUCUGAUGGCCUUUAAUCAAACAUGUAUUCAUUUGAAAUUAAAGCGGCAGUAAAUGUG